AUGCUCCCCCGCCUAGCUCUUCUUGCUCUCUUUGUAAAACUCGCUUCGGCGGACUGGACCUGGCCAAACCCAGUAUGGGACGAAAUCGAAGAAAUAACGCAGGUUCAAGGUGGUGUGUUCCGCUCUGGGGUUCUGGACGGUGUGUCACCCUGCGGUGCAUUCCCUCAAUCAGGAACCGGUGACCCAUCGAGACAGGCGUCCUCGGAAUGGCUCCGUACUGCAUUCCACGACGCGAUCACCCACAACGCCCAAGCAGGUACAGGCGGCGUCGACGCUUCUCUUAUCUGGGAGACCGAUAGGAGCGAGAAUUUAGGUGGCCGGUCGUUCAAUGAUACUUUUGGAUUCAUGUUGAACUUCUAUAACAUCCGAGCCUCCAUGAGCGACUUGAUCGCCCUGGCUACCUAUACGGCUGUCAGGAAUUGCCAAGGUCCUCCAUUAGUCAUGCGCGCUGGCAGAAUCGAUGCCACUGGACCUGGUCCAGAGGGCUUUGUGCCAGAGCCAAAGGACAAUAUCAACAAGCUGCUGAGCAAGUUUGCGAAUGCCGGGUUUAAUAAGACCGACAUGAUUCAGAUGGUAGCGUGCGGACACACAAUUGGAGGUGUCCAUGGACAGUUCUUCCCAGAGUUAACCGGCGACUCCAACGAGACAAACUUUGUUCAUUUUGACACCACGGCUUCGAGCUUUGACAACAAGGUCGCAACGGAAUAUCUGGACGGUACUACUUUGAACCCGCUGGUAACCGCUCCCGGAGGAAACAACUCCGACUUUGCCGUUUUCAACUCCGACGGAAACUCGACUAUCAAAGCCAUGUCCGAGCCAGCAAGUUUCCUCUCAACCUGCGGCUCCAUCCUCCAGCGAAUGAUCGAUACCGUCCCUAGCGCCGUCAAGCUUAGUGACCCGAUCACACCUAUGAAAGUCAAGCCCCAUGGCUUACAGCUCCAGCUUCUAAGCACGGGUCAGGCUCAGCUGGAUGGUUACAUCCGCGUGCGAAGCGAAGAUAGGGGGCUGAGUGAGCAGCCGACUGUCAGGGUCAUGUAUGCGGACCGAACUGGGCAAGUCAACUCGACAAAGAUCGAUACGAUGCCGGUUCGGUUCCAAGGAGGAACAGGGUCAGGCUUUGAAGCCCUUUUCUGGUUUUACCAAAUCCCAUCGACUAUUCUUCCCAACGGAAUUUCGCACUUCAACGUUUCGGUUACCAACACGACCACAGGAGCCGAAACUAUUUACGAUAACAAUGGCAAUGGGUAUCCUGUCCAGGAUAAUAUUAUCUUCCAGGCUGCCCAGUCAUGUCAUAUCUUCAACCCGAACGGGAACGGAAACCUGACUCUGACUGCUGCGGUUCGCGACGGUAUGGACCUGACUAACCCUUCAUUGAACGUUGUGGUCAAGGUUCCUCGCGCGAACAGUGUUGUGCCAGAAUUGGUUGUCGAGACCACCCCUAUGAAGCUUUUACGAUCUACCGAGUUUGGAUACUCCCUCUACAGUGGAUCAUACUCCCUUCCGAUCGAAUCUUGGUCUACCACGGCAGAUGUGUGGGUUGAAGGUCCGAAUGGUGUCAAGUACGAAGAUGGGUUCAAGAAGACGAGCGCGUUUAAUGAUCAAUGUGGGGCAUUUUAG